CAACUCUCGAGCAGGCAUUCCUAACAACACACAACAAAAUGUCUGCCCAUGGCCGUAAAAGUGCCAAUCCAUUGGAUAAACUGUUUCACUAACUGACAGCCAUUUUUUUUCUUUUCAGCCAUUGGAUAAAAAAAUUCCAGAAAACCCCAAGUAUAAGCAUGUACGGCCAACUGUUGAUACAGGUGCCAGUAUAUCAAAAUACAUGGAGAAGAUGGAAGAGUUGAAGAGAAAUUACAAUUUUAGAAAGGAUGAAAUCUUCAAAAGAAUGAAAAUUUCAACAUUUGUACAACUGGUAGUGCAAGUUGCAGAUGUUGAUAACUUUGAGGAAGGGCCACCCUACAGCACUAGUGGAACUGAUAGACCAGACACGGCUGAUAAUGAAGUUGAAAGAAUUCAGAAAAAUGGAUCAGGUGAUACAAGCAGACAGACAUCUGAUACAAGCAGACAGACACCUGAGGUAGACACAAGCAGAUCUAGGCUAGAGCAGGUUAUCAAUGGGAUGGGUGAGGUCGACCUGGACGCCAGCAAACGUCCACACCAACCUCUCCCAAUGAUGGGUUCUCAGUGCCCUUACCUGCUGCUUGAUGUCAGAGAGAAGGAUGCGUUUGACGAGUGUCACAUUAUUACAGCCAAAAGUUACCCUACAGCUAUGCUAGCCAGAUCUGUGAAUUAUGAAACAAAAGAUAUGUUAAAUUAUAAAAAUCAACCGGGUAAAAUAAUUUUAAUUUACGACGAAGAUGAAAGAAUUAGUCACAGAGCAGCAACAACAUUAGUUCAGCGGGGCUACGAUAAUUUAUUUAUGUUGUCUGGAGGUAUGAAAGUGGCCUAUAAACUGUUUCCUGAGGGUUUGAUAGCUGGCACGGUGCCGCAGACAAUUCUGGAUGACACCCCACAGGGCCAGAAGGGGUCCAAACACAAGACAGAGCCCCUGAUGAAGCUGCCGGCCAACACGGAGUCCUUCAGUCUGGAGCUGAUAGAGAAACUGUGUGUACAUCUGGAUGAUACUGCCUCAGACAGGAGUGGUGCUAGCCGACUGUCCAAGCUGUCCAGUGCCAAGUCCAGCAGACCUUCAAGUAUUGCCUCCACCGCCUCACUCUCCACGCUAGGCCGUAAACCUUUCAAGUGUUAACAUUUACCCUGAUUAAGUCUCUUGACCUGACCUGAAUAGAAUUUUACCAAUUUCAACUUGAGUGAAAGAAAGACAUGAUCCACUUGAUUAAAACAAAAUAAUCAAGGGAAGCUACUCAAGUUUAUACAGUUAAUGUCAUCUCCAGCUGUCAUUACCUGAAAGAAAGAUGGGCUCCUAUUUUGUAGUUUAGCUUUUUGUUUCAACAAUUAAAUUAUUGGUUAUUUAAACUUGGCUGACAUAAUUUUAAAUAUUUUGGUUGGGGCAUUACAUACAUUUUCCUAAAAAAAUAAUCAAAUUACAAAACAUCAUACAAAAUUUCUGAUAAUUGUCAUGAUUUUAUGUCAGUUGUGUGCAAAAUUAUCUUACAAUAAUCAUUCCACGAUAAAGUGUUUUUUUUCCAAUAUGUUGAAAUUGUUACCAAGAAGAAAACCAUCUUUAAGAAUUUGGUUUAGGUAUGGUUUUUUUUUUAAAUAUUUGUACAAAUGAUAUACCUGCUGUCAUAAAUCUGGUGGUCCAGAGAUUUGUACCUGAUGGUCCAGAGAUUUGUACCUGAUGGUCCAGAGAUUUGUACCUGAUGGUCCAGAGAUUUGUACCUGAUGGUCCAGAGAUUUGUACCUGGUGGUCCAGAGAUUUGUACCUGGUGGUCCAGAGAUUUGUACCUGAUGGUCCAGAUAUUUGUACCUGAUGGUCCAGAGAUUUGUACCUGAUGGUCCAGAUAUUUGUACCUGAUGGUCCAGAGAUUUGUACCUGAUGGUCCAGAGAUUUGUACCUGAUGGUCCAGAUAUUUGUACCUGAUGGUCCAGAGAUUUGUACCUGAUGGUCCAGAGAUUUGUACCUGAUGGUCCAGAUAUUUGUACCUGAUGGUCCAGAGAUUUGUACCUGACAUCUGUGAGCCUGUGCUGCAUUAUGUGAUAUAUUUACUCUUAGUUUUGUUUACAAGUGCUCUGCCAUCAGUGAGUUGAUGUUUGUCAUUGUAUGGUGGACUGGAUGUUGUCCAACAGAUUCAGCCUGUGCUGUUUGAUUGGUGUGUGCUUACAUUUGGAUACAAUAGGUUUUUUAAUGGACUAGAAAGUGUUGUAUGUGUGUGGUUUACCUGUUUGAUUUAAUUGGUGUGUCCUUACAUUUGGAUACGAUAGGUUUAUAAUGGACUAGAAUGUGUUCUAUGUGUGUGGUUUACCUGUUUGAUUUAGUUGGUGUGUGCUUACAUUUGUAUACAAUAGGUUUUUUAAUGGACUAGAACAUGUUCUAUGUGUGUGGUUUACCUGUUUGAUUUAAUUGGUGUGUGCUUACAUUUGGAUACAAUAGGUUUUUAAUGGACUAGAAUGUGUUCUAUGUGUGUGGUUUACCUGUUUGAUUUAAUUGGUGUGUGCUCAAAUUUGGAUACAAUAGGUUUUUAAUGGACUAGAAUGUGUUCUAUGUGUGUGGUUUACCUGUUUGAUUUAAUUGGUGUGUGCUCAAAUUUGGAUACAAUAGGUUUUUAAUGGACUAGAACAUGUUCUAUGUGUGUGGUUUACCUGUUUGAUUUAAUUGGUGUGUGCUCAAAUUUGGAUACAAUAGGUUUUUAAUGGACUAGAAUGUGUUCUAUGUGUGUGGUUUACCUGUUUGCAUCACUCAUUGAAAUAAUGACACACUUUAACUACUCUAAUGUUUAGCUUCAAUUUUUUACAAAGCUUUUUAAAUAUAAAAUGUUCACAAGUGUAAAAAGCCCAUCUUUGAAUUCUUCUAUCUAUUUGAUGUAAUUAUGUCCCACUAAAAGCUUUCUCUACUCCAUUGUUACGUGCCACUGUAACUGUUGUUACGUGCCACUGUAACUGUUGUUAGGUGCCACUGUAACUGUUGUUACGUGCCACUGUAGCUGUUGUUACGUGCCACUGUAGCUGUUGUUACGUGCCACUGUAGCUGUUGUUACGUGCCACUGUAGCUGUUGUUACGUGCCACUGUAGCUGUUGUUACGUGCCACUGUAGCUGUUGUUACGUGCCACUGUAGCUGUUGUUACAUGCCACUGUAACUGUUGUUAGGUGCCACUGUAACUGUUGUUACGUGCCACUGUAACUGUUGUUACGUGCCACCGUAACUGUUGUUAUAUGCCAACUUUUCAAGAGUUUUUUCUUACAACACACUCCAAUUCUUACCUACUUAACAUUUCCUCUGGUCACAUCUCAGUAACCAGCCCAACCCAACUUUGAUACAUCUUUCAUGAAAACAUUCAAUCAUAUCAGAAGAGAGGGAAGGAUUGUGUUACUAAUUAAAAUUUACAUUACCAAAGCUUAUUUUAGAUCAUUGAUGUAAACACUGGACUGUGUUUAUAACUUUCUAUAGAUCUGUGCCCAAUGUUGUAGAUUUACAACAAAAAUAAUUCUAUAUUUUUUAAAUCUACUUCUAUGAAAACAAUGCCGUCCAAACCCAUUGAAAACAAUGAGUUAUCAAAUCUAGACCAUAUUGUAGCAGACCCUUGAAGUGGUGGGUAGCUAGUAUGUUUGUCACAAAGCCUUCUGCGCCAUGGUAAAACUUGUUCAUACUGGAUGUUCAUCUUCAUUUAUGAAGAGCUUACCUCCAAAACACAGUAAGUUAUUUUUAAUAAGCUAAGAUAACAAACCUUAAGGAUGAGAAGCUUGUGGUCUUUAGCUCAGAUCCAAAUCACUCAACAAUAUGCCAACGCAAUUUUUUUUCCCUUAUUAACCACUGUCAUUUUAACAAAAGUUAGUCAUUUUUUAAAUAACUUUUAUCUGUACUGUGUUUAACAAUGAGCAUGGUCCUUGUGUUUUAAGGCAAUGAUUGAGGGGAUCAUCUCUUGACUUAGCUGAGAUUGUUUACAGAUAAAAGUAAAUUUACCUGGCUAGGAUGUUUAUUUUUAGAAACAUCUGCUGUCAAUAAAUGUUUUAAACUUUUUCAACUGUUAUUGGCAGACAGUCAAAUGUCUCUUGGUCAGCCAAAGAUAUAUCUGAUGGUCUGUGUUUGUAUGUCUACUUUGAUAACAAUUAUAUAUCAUUUGACCAACUCACUGUAUUUUUAAGCUCCUACUUUAUAUCACAUCUAUUUAUAGAAGUUGUUACUUUGUUUUUAACUGCAACAAAAAUAAACAAAUU